AUGUCUGAGGCCGAACAACCUACGAAUACUCCUCGAUCAGUGAUCGCUGAAUCAGCACCAGCAGUAUCUGCCUCAGCAAACCGGCGGGAAAUCCGACUUGCCGAUCCACCUGCCUAUUAUGGCAGUAAUCUACAUGAAUAUAAUAUAUUCAUACGAGCUCUCGAACGUAUAUACAAGUUGAAUCCAACUCAGUAUGAUACCGAUGAGGUCAAGAUCGUUUAUGCUUCGGUUGCUCGAAUUCAAGCCGUUUACAAGGGCCAUACUAGGAGGAGCAACAACAAGCAAGAGUCCUUUUCACAGAAUAGAGAGAAUGACAAUAAGCGUGGAACCAAGCGAUACUCUGAUGGUUCCCCUUCGAAGGCGCAACGAAAUUUAACCUCAGCUGGAAAACUCACCAUAGAAGAACGUCAGCACCAUGGUAGAUUCCGCAUGUAUAUCACUAUCCAACUAGACACCCCUAGUGGUCCUGAGCCGAUUCGAUGCCUAGUCGAUUCUGGAGCAGAUUUCAACUAUAUCUCUCACACUUACGCCACUUCAAAAGGAUGGAAACGGAUUGGACCACCAUCUCAAGUGCAAUAUCCUGACGGACGACGAGGAUACCGAUAUGGCAUCGUUAAUGCUACUCAAAGAGCCACCGAUGGGCUAGGUGAAACUCGAGAGAGCAAACUUAGUUUCCAUUCAGUUAACCUAGCAGAUGAGGAUCUUUAUCUAGGUCUUCCUUGGUUAAGAACAGUUAAUCCUUUGAUCGAUUGGAAAGCACUAUCAUGGCGACAUCGAAUCGGAGAUACUAGGAUUGAAAUAGCAGAACCAGAAGAAUUUAUUCGUUCUAUGCAAGAAACAUCUACAACACCACUCUACUUUUGGGACGGCAACACCGAAUCUUCUUCGGAACGACUAUGUUCUAUUAACGAGACUACCUUACCUCAAAAUCUACAAGAUCUUUUAACUGAAUUUAAGGACAUCUUUUCUGCUGAAGCAGCAGCCAAGUUGGAUGAGAACCCCAUCAUAUCACAUCAUAUUCGAUUACAAGAUGGAAAGGAACCCCCUUACGGACCUCUAUACAAUCUUUCGAUAGCAGAACUAGAUGCCCUACGCAAAUAUCUAGAAGAGAUGCUGUCACGGCAGUGGGAUCGAUAUCCAAUUCCUCGCAUUGAAGAAAUGUUAGAUCGAUUACAGAACGCCAUCAUCUUCUCUAAGAUAGACCUCCGAGAUGCCUACUAUCGCAUACGGAUAGCAGAAGGGGAUGAAUGGAAGACUGCAUUUCGAACCCGAUACGGCAGUUAUGAGUUCCGUGUUAUGCCUAUGGGGCUCUGUAAUGCCCCUGCUACAUUCCAAUCUUAUAUCAAUGAGGUGUUGAAAGGCCUUGUUGAUAUCUGCUGUAUUGUCUAUCUCGAUGACAUCCUUAUCUAUUCCCAAAAUACCGAAGAUCAUACGAAACACCUCCGAUUAAUUUUCGAACGUUUACGGAAAUAUCGACUUUAUGCUAAGGAAAGCAAAUGCACCUUUUUCACCACUGAGGUUGAGUUCCUUGGCUAUAUUGUAUCACCUACCGCAAGAAAAGCUUUUGUAAACCUGAAAGAAACAUUUGCACAAGCUGUUCUACUGGUCCAUUAUGACCCGCGGAAGGAAACCCAAGUCGAAACGGAUGCAAGCAAGGAUGGUAUUGCUGGCAUUCUAUCUCAACGCCUUGAAUCACCACCAGAAACUUACCAGGAAGCUAUGAAAAUAGCAUCUGAACGAAGCCAAAACAUCUGUAAUUCGGUGCCUACUCGAAGAAAAGAGUGGAGGCCCAUCGCAUUUUUCUCACAGAAGCUUUCUGGAGCUUCUAGGAACUAUGACACCCAUGAUUUGGAACUUCUGGCUAUAGUGGCAUCAUUUCGCCACUGGCGGCACUAUCUGCAAGGCAAUCCGUACCCAAUUCAGGUCAUAACCGACCAUGAUAAUCUGAAAUACUUUCUUUGUAACAAAAGCUUGAACAACCGCCAGGCGCAUUGGGCGGAAGAGCUAUCUGCUUAUGAUUUCUAUGUGGUCUAUCGACCAGGACGGCUAAACCCCGCCGAUCCACCUUCAAGACGUCCAGACUAUGUCAUUUCCCCUGGGGAUGAGAGGGACGCCUUUACUGUAGCCCGAAGCCAAGAAGUUGAGAAUAGCGCGGAGCCUGGGAUUCUUAGAGAAGCCUCCGAUACAUCCGGAGAUCCUUCGAUCAUCUGGCGAGUAGAUGAAGAUCGUGGACUUCUACAUCGCAAUCAUGCUAUCUACGUUCCCCCUAGCAAAGCAAUCACCCAGGAGUUGUUGCGAAUUCAUCAUGAUGACCCCUGGGCAGGCCACUUUGGUAUUGCCAGAACCUUAGAGCUUCUACGUCGCAAGUAUUACUGGAAUACGCUCCUAAAAGACGUCGAAACGUACGUCAGAGAGUGUGAUAUCUGCCAGCAUGUUAAAGCUAAGAGGCAUAAGCCAUACGGGCAACUUGCCAAAAUUCCUGUGCCUACUAGGCCGUUCAGUUCUCUUGCCAUGGAUUUCAUUGUCGGAUUACCCACCAAUACUAUUCUAAGCGAUUACGGUUCGCCUUCGUCUAUCAUAUCUGAUAGAGACAAGUUGUUUACCAGUCACUACUGGUCAACAUUCUGUUAUUAUUUACGAGUUAAGCGCAAUCUGAGUACGGCAUUCCACCCUCAAACCGAUGGGCAAACGGAACGCCAGAACCAAACCUUAGAGAACUACUUACGAGCAUACUCGAACUACCACCAGGAUAACUGGGUGGAUCUGCUUCCGCAGGCACAAUUUGCCUACAAUUCUGUUUCCCAGGCAUCUAUUGGCAUGCCACCGUUCCGAGCACUACUAGGUUACGAUCCUGUUCCACCGAGAGGGGUGAUUGAUAAAGAAUCUGAAUCUGCAACUUCUGUUGAUCUAGAACCCUUAGCUACAGCAAGGGUUGAGAAAUUACAAGAAAUACAGAGCAAGCUUCAAGUUACUGUCCGAAAGUCUUUCGAAAAGCAAGCGGAAUACUAUAACAGAAGGCAUCAGGAUAAAACCUUUGCCAUUGGAGAUCCAGUUCUCCUAUCUUCCCUGAAUAUAGCAACUUCUAGACCAUGCCGCAAGCUUGAAGAUAAAUGGUUUGGACCGUUUACAAUUCUGAACACCAUCGGAUCGCAAGCAUAUCGAUUAGAUCUUCCGAGAACCUUUGGAUCUAUGCACCCUGUCUUCCAUGUUACCCUGUUAGAACCUUAUUACCAGCGACCGGGUGAAGAACCUAAGAAACCUCCUGGUAUCCUACUCGAAGGCAGAACGGAGUAUUUUGUUGAAGCUAUUUUGGAUAAACGAUUGCACCGCAAUAAGGAGCAAUAUCUUGUUAAGUGGGAAGGAUAUCCUAAUACUGAGAACACCUGGGAACCUCCUGAGAAUCUUUUGAACUCCCGCAAUCUUCUCGAAGAAUAUGAGAAGGUAAAUCGAAAUCGACCCCUUGUUAAGAAGAAACGUUCUAGAAUACGACAUUAG